AUGAAACUCCUCUGCACUAUAUUAAUUUUCCUUAUUAUUCUCCCCGAUUCCCUGCAGCGAUGUCAAGACCUUCGUCGCGGUAAACGAGAGAAAUGCCGGGGCCGAAAUUUGUGUAUUGAUUGGUGUGCGAAGCACAAUUGUAGCCAUCUCAUACCAGUUUGCUACCAGCAUAGGUGCUGGUGUGUUACGGAAAUUGCUCCAUUGUAUAUUCCGCUUCCCUUUGAUCCCAGAAGGACCACCACUACCACCACCACCGAGGAGCCAAUAAUUGAAGAAGGAUCCGGACAAGCAGAAUUUUUUGAGGAGACACCAAAAAAGACCAAUAUUCUGGAUUAUUUCUCGAUAUUCUUGCCAAACGCUGGGGACAUUGAUUUUUGA